AUGGCGCACAGCUGUCGGUGGCGGUUCCCCGCUCGGCCCGGAGGGAGCAGCAACUUAGGCACUGGGAGGAGAGCGGGCCGAAUCCGGAUCACUGCCUCCCUACGAAGUGGCACAGGGACCCACCCGAACACGGCUGGGCUCGGGCCCGGCUUUGAUGCUGCGUUACAGGUCUCCUCUGCUAUCGGUUGCAACCUGCAGAAAUUUCGGGAUGUUUUGGGGGAGUCGAGUGGUUCAAGCAGCGGGGAGGAAGGAGCAUUUGGAGGGUUUGGUACAGUCAGUGAACACCGACGAAUACAGAGUCAGUCAAGGACGUUGGCAGUUACUCCCACGCAGGAGAAGAAGCCCAGAGGCCGACCCCCGCGGGCCCUGAUUGCAAAGAAAGGGCCCGCAGGUGCCGGCCCUUCCCCCUCGCCUGCCUCGGGGAAACCCGAGGUCCAGGAGUGGCCUGCGGAGAAGGCCAAGCGCCUGCCAGGGAGGCCGCCUGGCUCUGGAGAGAAGAGGAGAGGCCGUCCUCCAGCCUCUGGCACCCAAAGGAGUUUGCAGGGCGGCAGCCAUACAGCCAAUGACAAUGACAGCAUGCAUUUGGGGCAGGAGCACUGCUCCACAUCUGCACACCGCAAGGACAGGGACGAGGAGAGGAAACCCACAAAGAGAACGCCCCUGGGCUCCGUGCAGCAGCAGGACGCAGAGGCCAAGCCUCCCAAAGUGAGCCGCGAGUCCAAGGUGACCAAACUGAAGCGGCUCCGUGAGGUCAAACUGAGCCCGCUCAAGGCCAUCGCCAGGAAGUGUGUGCCAGUUCCCGGCGUGCCCCGGCGCAGACGAGGACGACCUCCCUCUGCCGAGCGCCUCAAAGCCGAGGCUGCCGCCGCCGCUGCUGCCCAGGCCUCUGGUUCAGAUGAAACCAAACAAAAGGCCUUCAGGGUCCGCCGGGACAGAGAUACGGACCCCCACUCUCCUCAACAGCAGUCUAAGCUCAAGGCGUCCCAAGUUGCUGGGGAGGACGACAGCCUCGACGUCCACAUCUCCUCCCCGCCCUCCAGCCCGCUCCCCUCAUCCUCUCCCUCCAAGCUGGGCAGGCCGCUGAACCUGAGAACCAGCCCUCGCCAAAUCAAGCCUGUGCGGAUCGUUCCCCCCUCCAAACGCACUGACGCUGCAAUCGCCAAGCAGCUGCUGCAGCGCGCCAAGAAAGGUGCGCAGAAAAAGAAAUUGUUAGAGAAGGAGGUGGUGGCCAUAGGAGGCCAAGGGGUGGCAGCCAUGGAGGCGGGCAUCCGGAGGAGGAGGAGAACGCAGCUGAAGAACAUCAGGCAGUUCAUCAUGCCCGUGGUGAGCACCGUCUCGCUGCGCAUCAUCAAAACCCCAAAGCGCUUCAUCGAGGACGAGGGCAGCUUCGGCGCCCCUCACCCCCACAUGAAGAUGGCACGGUUAGAUGCUGUCCCUCCCCCCGUCGCUGCCCCCCAGCCCACCUCGGCCUCCUCCCCCAUGCGGGCGUCUACAGCUGCAGUCACCACUGCCGCUGCUACAGCCGUGACCGCAGCUCCGGUCGACACCCUCCCUCCCCCCGCCCCCGUCACACCCAGCAGGGCUACGGCCGUGGCGGCCGGCCUGCUCAACAACAACAACAGCUGCAACAGCACCAGCAACGGGCGCUUCAGCAGCAGCGCUGCCUCGUGCGGCUCCAGCGCCGUGUCCCAGCACUCCUCCCAGCUCUCGUCGGGCGAGUCGUCCCGCUCCAGCAGCCCCAGCCUGGACGACUCGUCUUGCGACUCCCAGGCUUCGGAGGGCACUCAGGCCCUGUCCGAGCAUGACGACGAGCGAGACCACUCCCCGUCCUCCCAGGGAGAGAGGGAGGGGGCCAUGCUGCAAACCUCCAGGCCGCCGUCAGAGCCCGAGCCGGAUCAGCGGGUUCUGAUUGAGAGGGGCCGGCGGGGCCUCGGAGGGCAGGGUGUGGGCAGGGGCAGCCUUGGGGCGAGGGGCAGAGGCAGCCUGGCCACCGGAGGGAAGAAAGCUAUCAUCAGCCCGGCCACGGGAGUGUUGAUGUCCAACUCUCAGCAGGCUGCCUCCACCGCCUCCUCGUCCCCCCCGCCCCCCCCUCUCCUUAGCCCCCCACAGCAGGCCCAGUCAGGCUCCAACACGGCAGAGCAUCACCCCCACUCCCCUUGGAUCCUGCCCCACCCGUUUCUCCAGGGCCCGUCAUUGGUGCUCUCCAGCCUGCAGGACAAGCGCAGGUCCAUCCUGAGAGAGCCCACCUUCCGCUGGACAUCUCGGUCUCGCACUGAGCAGCAGUACUUCUCCUCCGCUAAGUAUGCCAAGGAGGGCCUUAUCCGCAAGCCCAUCUUCGACAACUUCCGCCCUCCCCCUCUCACGGCCCAAGACGUGGGUCUAAUGCCCCAUGGCGCCAGUGCCGGGGGGGUUGCUCCAACGGGUUACCCCGCGCCAGGCAGUGGCGGCGGUUCUGGGACGGGCACCCGCAUGUUCUCUCCACUGCAUCACCACCACCACCACCAGCAGCACCCCUCGUCCCGCUUCGAGUCGCCGCCACUCCAGAAGCGUAGCCCACUGCUGCGCGCCCCACGCUUCACUCCCAGCGAGGCACACUCACGCAUCUUUGAGUCGGUCACCCUGCAGUCAUCAUCGGGGAGCAGCCCGGGUUCGCUGUCCCCCCUCCAGUCCUCCCCAAAGUCGGGCCGGUCGGUGAGACGCAGGAGGAGGACGACCCCGGGACCCCUGCACGGUCAACCCCGGUCCCCCUCACACUCAAUGACCACGCGUAGCAGCCAGCCAGGGGCCCCGCCAGGAAAAGGCCCCUCUGAAAUGUCUGUGCUGACAGGCUCUGUCUCCACCGGUGCCAGCAGCACCAGUAACUCCUCCAGCUCUCUGCCUGCUAGUGCCUUAAAGCCUGCCCCUUUCAGCACCUUCUCACCGGGCCCCCUGGGCCUCUCCAUACACGUUCCUUCCUCCUCCGAUGGACAUAGAGCAACCGGGAGCCUUGGUGGCGUUGCGGGUGGCAACUCCGCCUCUUGUUCCUCUUCUCAACUCUUCCCCCUCUUCACUUCCAGCCCCCAGGAGACGGGCCGCGGUGUCGGGAAAGGGGGGAGAGAGAGGAGCACCUCAGCUUCCCGGGACUCGGCUCCUGUCAAGGAGAAGGAAAGGGAGACGGAGAAAAGCAGAGAGCGCGAGAAAGAGAACAAAAGGGAGGGCAGAAAAGAUUGGGAGAGGAGAGGGAAGGCGUCCACUCCAGACUCCUCUCCCAAUAGGACCCCCAGCCUGUUUGCCGUGGAGGGGAGGGAAGGGGAGGAGUCUUUGACCUCCCUCGCUCCUAAAAAGACACCUGGGAGGAAGAAGUCAGCGUCCGUAGACUCGGGUACAGAGACGGCACCCGUAGACAGGGCUGUAGUCCACUCUAUUCCCCUUAUCUUGACGAAGGGCCGCCUUUCCAAAAAGAGCCGACCCUCGGAGAGGGGGCCAGAGGCUGAGCUUGGGGAGAAGGAGAAAACAAGUGCCCCUGCCCAGCAGACAGGCCUUCCCCCAGGACAGACCGGCAGCAAGAAGCCCCCGGCGGCCCCAUCCCUGGGCUCCAUGCUGGCGCACGCCGAGAAGCAGCCUGUGGCCGACAAGCGGGUGGCGGGCCUGCUGAAGAAGGCCAAAGCGCAGUUGUUCAAGAUUGAGAAGAGCAAGUCACUGAAGUCUCCAGACCAUCCUAAAGUUCAGAGCCAGGAGAGCGACUCUUCGGAGACGUCGGUGCGAGGGCCGCGCAUCAAGCACGUGUGUCGGCGUGCCGCUGUGGCCCUGGGCCGUAACCGGGCCGUGUUCCCCGACGACAUGCCCACCCUCAGUGCCUUGCCGUGGGAGGAGAGAGAAAAGAUCCUGUCUUCCAUGGGGAACGAUGACAAAUCUUCAGUGGCGGGCUCGGAAGAGGCGGAGCCCCAGUCCCCUCCCAUCAAACCGGUGAUGAGGCACACCAAGAUCAUCCAGGAGGGAGGGGCGGCGCCCAGGAAGGGGCGGCGGUCACGGCGCUGCGGGCAGUGUCCCGGCUGCCAGGUCCCCGAGGACUGCGGAGUCUGCACCAACUGCCUGGACAAGCCCAAGUUCGGGGGCCGCAAUAUCAAGAAGCAGUGUUGCAAGGUCCGAAAGUGUCAGAAUUUGCAGUGGAUGCCUUCCAAGAUUUUUCUCCAGAAGCAAGUGAGAGGCAAAAAAGACAAGAAGAAGAACAAACUGUCUGAAAAAAAGGAGGCGUUACACCCCGUCAAGGGCCCAACGAGCACGGAGCCCAGUCUCAAACAGGCCCCGCCCCCUUUGAAGGAGGAGCCCCCUCGAAAAAAGAGUGAAACCCCUCCCCCGAAGCCAGGUGAGGAGAAGCAAAAACAGCCGCCGUUGCUGCCACAGUUGCAGUCCCCCCCAGCCGACAACCCUACCCCCCCAAACGACCAGGUCCCCAGCUGCGCCACUGCCCCUGGGCAAGACCAGAAACAUCCUGCAACGGCACCCACAGGUGCUGCUUGUAGGAAGGAACGCAAGACGCAGCAGCCCACCCCUCCUUCCUCCCCUUCCUCCUCCUCUUCCUCAUCGUCCUCCUCACUCCAGAGCUCCCCCUCCCCACCAACACCCCAGCCCCAGCAGCCCCCACAGCAACAGCAGAGGCCACAGCCCACCCAGGGGCCUGCAAAAAAGGAGGGAGGAGGGGCUCCCAAGUCUCCACCCACAGAAGCCAAGAGGAAGCCCCAGCAGCAGAGCUUGGCCACGCCCAUCACAGACACCGCACCCGAAGGGAAACAAAUGAAGAAACCAACUCCUCGCUCUGUCCCGCCACCACCUAAACCCACCAAACCAAAAGAGAAGCAGAAGCCGUUGGCAACCAAACCUGAGAGCAGUACUUUAAACUUGCUGAGCACUCCCUCGACUGGGGGCACCGCCAAGCAGAAAGUGCCCUGCGACGGAGUGCACAGAAUCAGAGUGGAUUUUAAGAAGGACCAUGACGUGGAAAAUGUGUGGGCCACGGGCGGCCUCAGCCUCCUCACCUCCGUGCCAAUCACCCCGCGGGUUGUCUGCUUCCUCUGUGCUAGCAGUGGCAACGUCGAGUUUGUCUUCUGCCAGGUGUGCUGCGAGCCCUUUCAUCUCUUCUGCUUGGGGGAGACUGAGCGCCCUCUGGAGGAGCAGUGGGAGAACUGGUGUUGCCGCCGCUGCCGCUUCUGCCACACCUGUGGCCGCCAGCACCAGAAGACUAAACAACUUCUGGAGUGUGAGAAGUGCCGAAACAGCUAUCACCCCGAGUGCCUGGGGCCCAACCAUCCCACCAGACCCACCAAGAAGAAACGAGUCUGGAUCUGCACCAAGUGCGUUCGCUGUAAGAGUUGUGGGGCCACAAAACCUGGGAAGGCCUGGGACGCCCAGUGGUCACAUGACUUUUCCCUAUGUCAUGACUGUGCCAAACUCUUUGCUAAAGGUAACUUCUGCCCCCUUUGCGAUAAGUGCUAUGACGAGGACGACUACGAGAGCAAGAUGAUGCAGUGUGGGAGGUGCGACCACUGGGUCCACGCCAAGUGUGAGAACCUCACAGACGAGAUGUACGAGCUGCUGUCCAAGCUGCCAGAUAGCGUGGCCUACACCUGCACCAAUUGUACGAAGCGCCAGCCGGCCGAGUGGAGGACGGCCCUGGAGAAGGAGCUGCAGGGCUUGGUGCGCCAGGUCCUCACCGCGCUGCUCAACUCCCGCACCUCUACACACCUGCUCCGCUACAGACAGGCUGUGAUGAAGCCGCCUGAGUUGAACCCCGAGACGGAGGAGAGUUUACCCACUCGCCGCUCCCCCGAGGGGCCCGACCCCCCGGUCCUGACCGAGGUCACUCCCCCCAACGACUCCCCCCUCGACCUGGAGUCGGUGGAGAAGAAGUUGGCCGCUGGGCGCUACAAGUCUGUGCUUGAGUUCAGUGACGACAUAGUGAAGAUCAUCCAGAUGGCCAUCAACUCCGACGGCGGGCAGCCGGAGAAUAGGAAGGCCAAUAGCAUGGUCAAGUCCUUCUUUAUCCGGCAAAUGGAGCGUGUGUUCCCUUGGUUCAAAGUCAAGGAGUCCAGAUUCUGGGAAACACACAAAUUCUCCACCAACAGUGGCCUCCUCCCCAACGCCGUGCUGCCCCCCUCCCUGGACCACAACUACGCCCAGUGGCAGGAGCGCGAGGAGAUCGCCCGCGCCGAGCAGCCCCUCAGGAAGAAGAUCAUCCCGGCCCCUUGCCCCAAGACCCCCGGAGAGCCCGAGUCCUCCAACACAACCCCCCCACCCCGGCCUCUACUUCCUCCACCACCCCCUAUGCUCCACGACCUGAGCUGUGAAGACAGUCCUGAGCUGCUCCCACCCCCUGGCGUCAGCGACAACCGCCAGUGUGUGCUGUGUCUCAAGUACGGGGAUGAUAACACCAACGAGGGCGGCAGACUGCUGUACAUCGGGCAGAACGAGUGGACCCACGUGAACUGUGCCCUGUGGUCAGCCGAGGUGUUCGAGGAUGAUGAUGGCUCUCUGAAAAACGUCCACAUGGCCGUGAUCCGAGGGAAACAGUUGCGCUGCGAGAACUGCCAGCGUCCCGGCGCAACAGUGGGCUGCUGCCUGACCUCCUGCACCAGAAACUACCACUUCAUGUGCGCCCGGCAGCGCCACUGUGUCUUCCUGGAGGACAAGAAGGUCUACUGCCAGCGACACCGGGACCUCAUCAAAGGAGAGGUGGUGUCUGGCUUCGAGGUCACGCGGAGGAUCCUGGUGGACCUGGAGGGGAUCAGCUUGCGGAGGAAGUUCCUGACCGGCCUUCAGCCGGAGAACAUCCACAUGAUGAUAGGCUCCAUGACCAUCGAUUGCCUUGGAAUACUGACCGAGCUCUCGGAUUGCGAGCGCAAACUCUUCCCCAUCGGUUACCAGUGUUCCAGGGUGUACUGGAGCACUCUAGACGCCCGGAAGCGUUGUGUCUACACCUGCAGGAUCUUGGUGUGUCGUCCCACUGUGGUGGAGCCUGACCUGAAGAGCGCUCUUCCAGAGGAGAACCGCACCAUCUCACACAGCCCUUUUACUCCCAUCUUAGAUAAAGUCCUGUCUCCGGUGCCCGACCCUUUUGACUCCCUGAAGCCCUCCGACCGCCUGUCCCUGCUGCCCUCCAGCCCCAAUCCUCCUAAAGUUUACACACGGAACAGGCACCCUAGCUACCCCCCAUGCCAGCGCUCCCCUGGCUCCAGACCACUUCCAUCCCCAGGCGGUUUCUCCCAGUCGGCCCAUGAGAUUGUGACGGUGGGGGACCCCCUUCUGAGUUCCGGCCUAAGGAGCAUUGGCUCCCGUCGGCACAGCACCUCCUCCCUUUCCCCCCAACCCAGACAGAAGGUAGUUUCCCCUCCACAGGCCGGGGCGGCUGCCGCCAUGAACCAAUUAGCCCUGUUCUCCUCUUCCGCUCCUUCCCCUGCGCACUCCUCUGCCUCCAGAGACCUGGGUCUGAGGGACACAGAGAAGGGGAAGCUGCCCGCCAGCGGCGUCCGAACGCAGAGCCGCGAGACUAGCUCACUCAGUCCUGGAGGUCAACACAGCAGACACCACCACAGCAUCUCUGAGAUGAAGACAGACGGUGGGAAAGAAAGUGCGCCUGGCAAGCAGGCUGUGGGAGUGAACCCCAAAUUUUCCCCAAUUGCGCCAUGGAUGGCAGGAGUAAGCCAGGCCUCCCCACCAACAGGUACGGCCAGCAACCGCAAAUCCCAGGCGGAGAAGGGGAAGCCGGGCGUGAAGGACCCAGACCUGUCGGCUGGUGUCACGCUCCUCUCCCGCCACUGUGUCACCACGACCCUGUCCAAGGACAGAGGUGGUAGUAGUAGCAACCCGGCCAAGGAGGGAAGUGUGACCUUGGCGCAAGCCUUUAAAGAUGCUGGUAAAUUGGGGUCUCCCCAGCCCCCGUUCCUCAAAAGCGGUGGGAGGAAGUCCCAGGACUAUCUGUCGGGGCCAGCCCCUGCCGCAGCCAUGAAGCCCCUGUGGUCUUCGGGGGCCACGGCCGAGGAUGACAUCAUCAAACGGGGCUCCCAAGCCACCCCGGCUGUCCCCUCCAGCCACGUGGCCCCCACCACCAAAGACAAGCACUCCAAAGUCCGAACCAUCGACAGCCGAGAGGCAUCUAAAGAGAGGGAGAAGACCCCUCAGAACAGCAACAAGAACCUCACGCUCAAUAACAACAAUGCUAAAGAGACUGGUGGAACCACUAACGCUCCAACCCCGACCUCUCAGAACAGCAACAGCAAGGCCGCAACCCUUGGCAACAACACCAAAGCCAUUGGCAAGCAAGAGGUGGAAAAGCUGGAGAAUCAAGGAAGAGGGCGAUCUUCAAAGAGCAGGGAUAGAUUCUCCAGCCCUGAGAAGAACAGCUCCAGCCUAGAGGCCAUCAAGCAGCCCAGGUUAGCCUCAGAGAGAAGCAUGAGGGCUUCGCAGGUUCAAGCAAGAGUAACAGCCAACGAAGUCGCGGCUGCUAGAGACAAGAAGCGGGCUAUAGUCAAGGCGUCUUUGACGCCGCUGAAGACUGACCCGAACGGGACCAACACCGUGAGCACUUCCUCUGACUCCUGCACCACCACUUCCAUCUGUCCCGCGGGUCAAGAGGGACCCCCCCACCGCAGGUCUUCCUGCUCCACGCUCUUCUCCCCGUCAGCCUGCUCUGAGAGCUCCGAGUCAAACAGCCCGCCACCGCACCCUGAGGACCGCGAGGAGAAGCGCCUCCUGGCUCACUGCGCCGAGGACGAGGGGACCAGCGACAGGGACGACCACGCCCUGCUGGAGGAGGAAGGCGGCGGCCGGGACAAACACCACGAGGACGACAGUGACUGCUCAGGCUCGGCCAAGCGGCGUUACCCGAGGCGCAGCGCCAGGGCCCGCUCCAACAUGUUCUUCGGCCUGACUCCUUUCUACGGGGUUCGCUCUUAUGGAGAGGAGGAUAUCCCCUUCUACAGCAGCGACGGGCCCGGGAAGAGGAGGACCGGGGGCAGUAGGCGCUCAGCCGAAGGCCAGGUGGACGGGGCAGACGAUAGGAGUACCUCCUCGGGGGACAGCGGAGAAGAAGAGGAAGGGGGAUUCAACCAGUGUUCUAACAAGGAUCCGUACUAUUACAACUUCACCCGCACCAUCAUCAACCCUGGCCCUGUGAUGCCCUCAAUCGAGGGGAUUGACCAGUGCCUGGGGAGGGGCUCUCAGCUGCAGCGCUUCCUGAAGGACGAGGCAGAGGAGGAGGAGAGGGUCGUCGCCGCUGUAGAUGAAGGAGUUCCCACCCGGAGCCUCCUGGGCCACCAGCAGAUCGGCCAGCUGGAUGGCAUUGACGACAGCUCAGAGAGCGACGCCAGCGCGAGCACCACCAACACCACCACCACGGCCACCGCAGCGUCCUCUUCCCACAAGAGCACAGGAAAGAGGAAGGGCAGAGAGAGGCACACGGAGAAGCUGGAGCACGACUCUGGGAAGGAGGCGGACAACAGCAGCGGAGGGGGUGGGAGCAGCGGGAGCAGCAGCGGGAGCAGCAGCAACAACAGCCGAGAAGGCAGGAAGAGCCAGAAGGACAACUCCCUCCCUCUGGGUGGGGUGAAGUCGUCCCAGAGACAGGACCCCCUGGAGGCCCAGCUCUCACUUAGCACUGACCUGCUCAAGUCGGACUCGGACAACAACAACAGCGACGACUGCGGCAACAUCCUGCCCUCGGACAUCAUGGAGUUUGUCCUCAACACGCCCUCCAUGCAGGCCCUCGGGCAGCAGCCUGAGGCCUCCUCAUCUGAGCUUCUCUCCCUGGACGAGGGCUACGGGGUGGGUGUCAACCGCCGCAAAGACAUCCUCUUUGAGGACUUCCGCCAGCCGCUGGCCAGCGCUGAGCCCGUGGAGAGCGGGGUGAGCACGUCCAUCUCGGUGGAAGAGCCGUACGGUCUGCCCCUGGAGCUGCCCUCUGACCUCUCUGUCCUGACCACUCGCAGCCCCACGGUCAACAACCAGAACCACGGCGGCCUCAUCUCGGAGGGCUCGGAGCGCACCAUACUGUCCCUGGCAGCCUCGGACGAGACCAUCACGGAGAAAGGAGGCGGGGACAAGCAGCAGAGCGGAGUGGCCGGCGUGUCCCCUGAGAGCCAGCAGGAAGGAAGUGGAGGUAGCCGAGAAUCUCAGGUAAGAGAAGGUCACAUGACCCCGGAGCAGUUUGAGCACAUCACCAGUCCCUCCCUGAGCCAAGUGGUAGAAGCGGGUAAGCAGGAUCUAACCAGGAGCUCUGGGACCCCUGUCCUACCCAGCUCCCCCACCCUGCCUCUCCAGGGACAGAAGUACAUCCCUGCUGCGUCUUCAGUCAGCCCCGGACCCUCCCAGGUGACCAGCACGGCCGUCCAGACCACCUCUCAUUUAAAACCAGGCCCGGAAAAACUCAUAGUGGUCAACCAGCUGGUCAACCAGCAUCUACAACCCCUCUACGUCCUACAGACUCUCCCCAAUGGUGUCACUCAGAAGAUCCAGAUCACCCCAUCGGUCAGUGCAACAGGAGUCAUGGAUACCAUGACUCUAACCACAGGACUCACCACCGGGAGAACCACCUCCCAGCCCAUCUUUCCUGCUGGGGGUAAAGUGUUGGGCACCAUGUCCCAUCACCCUCAGAUCCAUACUUUCACCGGCACCACCCAGACGGGCUUCCAGCCUGGCAUUCCCAGCACCACCUCCGGCCUCCUGAUCGGUGUGCCCUCCCACGAGCCCCAGAUCCUGGUGACCGAGGCCGGACGGAGGCACGACCUGGCCCCCAACGUGACCAUCGUGUCCAGCGCCGCCUCCAUCUCCACGUCCUCAGUCGUGCUCGCGUCUGGACAUGGCAAGAAGCGACCCAUCUCCCGUCUCCAGCCGCGGAAGACCAAGAAACUGGCCCGCUCCAGGAGCCAGCCCACCCUGGCCCCGUCUGAGGUAAGACCCAACAUGACUCUGAUCAACCUGUCCUCGCCACAGAUGGCUCAGUCCGGACUGGUCGAGCUGGGCACCCUGACCACGGCUGCCACCACUUCUCACCGCAAUGUCCCCAACAUUAUCAAGAGACCCAAAUCGGGAAUCAUGUACUUUGAGCCCAUCCAGCAGAGGAUGCCUCUUCCCAGCGGGCAGCCUGGCAUCCUGGGCCACGACUCCUCCACCCACCUGCUGCCCUGCACCGUCUCAGGGCUCAAACCCAACCAGUCAGCAGUGCUGAACAUGGUGUCCAUGGCUCAGCCCAGCGGGCCCGGAGGCCUCAUUGCACCAGGCUCUGUCUCUCUCAGCACCCCGGUGCUCAGCUCUGCCGAAAUCACGGGACCCAUCAGCAGCCUCCUCUUCAAAGCCAGCCCGCACAACCUGGGCCUUCCGGAGCAACAGAUGCUCCUCCAGUCUGGAGCUCCUCUGAUGUCCCAGCUGUGCAGCCCCUCCCAUCAGACCAUCAGCAUGUCUGUCAGCCAGCAGGUGGACCCGGAGAGCGGUGCCUUCCAAAGGCAGCAACACCCGCCAAACGCCAGCGGACAACCUGUGGCUCUGGUCCCCAGCCCGGUCUCACAGGACUCCGGCAAAGGACACCCGGUUGGAGUGUUCUCUCAGAGUUCCUGCUCUCAAAACUCAAGCACCAUGCCUAUAUCCAGGUCCUCAUCAGAGCAGAAACAAGAGCUGAAGUCUAGUUCUGCAGCAACGGCAUCCACGGGUUCGGCGAAAGGAAAGCAGAAAGCCAAGCGGACGAGGCAGAGUCCAGACAAGGCCAGCGGGAAGAAACACAAGGGUUGGCAGGCAGAGCCUCCUCGGGAGACUCAGGGAGACCGGGCCACCUCCACUCCUGGAUCUAGAGAGCCAGUCUCUCCCGAGCCCAUGGACACAGGCAAACCCAGAGAGAGGGGCACCUUCAAAAGUGUUUAUUCUGGCAAGUCUGCUGAACCUCCUGCUCUAACCAGUAAAACCAGUGAGUUCCCUGAGGAGAAAGGCGAGACCACCGCUGGCUCUCUACUGGUGGCCAUCCCUGACCAGGAGUGUAUCCGCAGGGACUCUUCUAUGGACAGCAAGCCCAAGAAGGGACUCAUCUUUGAGAUCUGCAGCGAUGACGGCUUCCAGAUCCGCUGCGAGAGUAUCGAAGAGGCCUGGAAGUCCCUGACAGAUAAAGUCCAGGAGGCCCGCUCCAACGCCAGACUCAAAGAGCUCUCCUUUGAAGGAGUGAACGGUCUGCGGAUGCUGGGGGUCCUCCACGAUGCUGUGGUGUUCCUACUGGAGCAGCUGUAUGGUUCCAGGCACUGUCGCAACUACCGCUUCCGCUUCCACAGGCCCGAGGAGGCCGACGAGCCCCCCAUCAACCCCCAUGGCUCGGCCCGCGCCGAGCUCCACCACAGGAGGUCUGUGUUUGACAUGUUCAACUUCCUGGCCUCCAAGCACCGCCAGCCUCCCGAGUACAACCCCCACGAGGAGGACAAGGAGGUGCAGCUCAAGUCUGCUCGCCGGGCCACCAGCAUGGACCUCCCCAUGCCCAUGAGGUUCCGACACCUGAAGAAAACGUCCAAGGAGGCGGUGGGGGUCUUCAGGUCAGCCAUACAUGGCCGAGGUCUGUUCUGCAAGAGGAGCAUCGACGUGGGGGAGAUGGUGAUCGAGUACUCGGGCAACGUCAUUCGCUCUGUCCUCACCGACAAACGGGAGAAGUACUACGACGGCAAGGGCGUUGGCUGUUACAUGUUCCGCAUUGAUGACUACGAAGUGGUGGACGCCACCGUGCACGGCAACGCCGCCCGCUUCAUCAACCACUCGUGCGAGCCCAAUUGCUAUUCGCGCGUCAUCAACGUGGACGGGCAGAAGCACAUCGUCAUCUUCGCCACGCGCAAGAUCUACCGUGGCGAGGAGCUCACCUACGACUACAAAUUCCCCAUCGAAGAGCCGGGCAAUAAGCUUCCAUGCAACUGCGGAACCAAGAAGUGCCGCAAGUUCCUCAACUAGCCCCCCACUCUGCCGUGUGACGGUAGUGGUGUUGGCGGCCCUUCUCCCACUCUGCCAUAGCGGUCCCCUCGACUAGCGUGGAGCCAUCCAUGCACUGCCAGGUCUUAGAGUGCAGAGUGAUGCUUCCAGUACUGCCCUCCCUUGUUGCUGUGUGGCUUGGGCAGAAAGAGGCGAGCUACAGACUGGGUUAAGUUCGAUACGAGCAGGUCUCUGUUUUGGGGAGGGACAUUUUUGAAAGAGAACAACUUAUUAUUGUGCCUCUGGUUGUUUUGGUUUACUUUUGGAUCGAAUGGUUUCAGACUCUGAGAAGUCAAAGGAAAUGGUAACUGUGUAAGUAAGAUUAGCAAUUUUCAACGUUUUCUGUCUCUGAACGUAACAAAAAUAUUUUUUUUAAAUUGCCCUUUCAUUAUGAAUUUUAUCACCUCACAUUUAUUUUUCUAGAGAUGAUAUCUCAAUUCUGUGUGAGCAUAGAAUCCAUUGAUUAUGUUCACAUGAAAAAGAAAAUGAUUGCCACCUUGUAAGAGUUACAUUUUACACACCAAAGUGCAAUUUGUGGAAGGGAAUCUUCUCUGCAGUUUAGGAAAAAAACGAGGACGUAUUAUAACUGAUCAGAGGACGCUUUUCUCUUGACCUCAUCUGUUUAUACACAUCUAUCUGCCUGUCGGAAUGUGCAUCCUGUGCAGCCUUCGGAAUAGCCGCGAUACCAUAAAGCUUUGCUUGGGCUGCUUCGCUGUGUAUUAAAAGACACUGUAAAUAGUUCUUAUGCCUGUCCAGAGCAACAAGUCGCAAGAUGUGUUAGGAAGAGAAACACUAGAGGGAGCCGGGGUCAAAGCGAUAGAAAGAAAGAAGCCUGUAGAUGAUUUAUUUUCAAGUGUUAUGUUAUUGCUAAUUAAUGCUAACCGUGAGUGUACUUGUACUGAGUCAUUGUCAGAGACGUAGUAGAAGUCGGGCGGUGGUCAUUAGAUAGUCGUAGCCGUGACUAGCAAGCUUGGCUGAGAUUCUGGUGGACUGACAGCUGAGGGACAAACUUUUAUUUAGUUUUUUGCUUUAGUAAAUGUUAUUGUUUGUUUUGUAUCGGAAAAGGAUAAAGGCAGAGCCAUCGAUUUGUAUCGCAGGUAUGCACACGUUAUGUCUUUUGAAAUGUGGUUAGAACUGAGUCCGGAAUUACAGCAAUGAGAACCAAACGUCAUCCCCCUGAAUCUGAUUUCCCCUUAAGCCCAUUUGAAGAUUGAAAUUAUUCCUAUUAUGGCCCAUUUCAUUAAUUACUGUUGCAAAGGAAUAGUUUUUUUAUUUGUUUCGAAUCGAGUCAUUUGAAGUCUUGUCUCUUCUGUCCCUUUUUGUUAUGGGCAGAAACAUAUCAUGCUUGAGUUGAGAAUGUAAAUAAUAUGUAUAUUUUUCUAUACAAACGACAAAAAAGCACUCACUAGUGAAUAGCACUUAAUGUUAUAAAAUUGUAUUUAUAUUGUUAAGAAAUCGUAUUUAUUUUAUUGCCAUUUUUGUAGGAAAUAGAGGUUUACAUACACUAAUGCUUGGUCUCUACAUUUUUAUUGAGCUGCCUUUUUCAAAGCGGUUUUUUCGUUGCUGUUAAUUUUAUUUGUAGCCUGAAUGUUUCUUUUUGGAUUCCAAAGACUGAAGCUGUCGCUCCCCGCUGAGCCCAGUCCACCAGUAGCUCUAUUCGCCAAUCUGUCAAUCAAGGACAUUUCCAUUGACUGCCUGUUAGCAGCAUGACAUUAUUAUAUGCCCUUGAGGGAGUCCAUUAGAGUGCUCAUCUAUUAGAAUAGCGGUCUCUCCUUUUCCCAGCCUUAAUACCACACGGAGGCUCCAGCCAGGCCAUUCAGACCUGGGCGUCUCACCGUGCGUAAUUGUUCACUUUCCGCUUUUUUCAAAAAAAUUCUCUCAAAAUGUCAGCGUCUCCCUUUUGGGAUCAAACGCACUCCAAAAUCCGCUAACUGUAAGGACAUAAAACAUGGUUUAACGCUUAUAGCCACAUCAGUGCUCCAAGAUUCCCCAUGGAUUGCACCUCCAUGGUUUCGUUCUGUCAAAGUGGUGCCUUCAUAUUAAUACUGUCAAUGUUUUAUCAUGUUUCUACUUGACUCCCUCGUAAAGUACAGUAUUUGUUUUAUGGCAUUUACAUGAGACAGUCUACACAUGGAAAGCUUUUUAGAAGCUCGGUAGAAGCUGAUAAAGUUAGGAAAGGUUAGAAGAGGCUAACCGUUACCAUUGACCACAAUACAACCUCUGUGUAGGAGUUCAUCAUGCGCUCGCUUGAUCUCUCGCUUUGCCUUAGUUGUAACUGAGCACGCUUUGUUUAGAGAAUUCUGUGACUCGUAAAUUAACAGUAGUAGAUUGACAGAAGUAGUCCCAGUUUUGGUGGGAAUGGGGACAUCAGUGUACAAAAAGUGGAUAGGUUGAUGACAGGCAAGUAUUUCCUUGCAUACCUCGAACGAAGCUCACCAAAUUGCUGCUUUGUGCAACUCUGGCUCCAGUUGUCCUAUAGCGAGCCACUUCAGGCCAGUGACUUUAUUUGUCCCUUUUGUUAUGUUUUUGGUUUGUAAUCCGUUUUGCCUCGUACUCUGUUGACUUUAUAUCUUGUAAGGCCGUCGCAGAAUCUCUCCAACCCUUACCCUGCCCAGGCUGUGAAGUGAAACCAUAACUUUGCCAACACAUUGCACUUCAACUGUGACAGAGGCACUGACUAAACAUGGGAAACGACUUUCUACUCCUUGUAAACCCAUUGGGUUCCUAUGUUUUAAAAACCACAAGCACAGAUACUGUUUGUAAGCUUCCUUAGGAAUUAUGGCCCCCAGCAAAGUGCACUUCUGCUCGACCUUACACCAAUUGUGUCAGGGACGUUCAGAGUGCAAGGACCACUCUGGAGGCCAACAGUGUGCACUCUCCUCAACCUCCUUGCAGCCUGGGUUUUGCCAGCUAUUUCAGGGAUACAGUUUUGGUUCAGCUCUCGCUGUCCUCCCAUCCUGGCUAGCCUUAGGGUGAGGCACAGGGUCAUGCUGAAUUCUGCUGCUAGGUCUUUAAUGAAUGUAUAUACAAAAACUGAAUUGUGAUGAUUUCUGAUAUCAACUACGUUUGUUUUUGAGUUUAAAAAACCCCCACAAAAAGACUGGGAAGAUGACCUCAAAGGACAAUUUGUUCGUUUCAUUUCAGAGGGAAAAAAUUGAGGGAAGGCAUUCUAGCUUAACGUCGAAAGGUCACACUGCAUAAACUAAGACUUCAAAGAUGGCUUUGGUAAUCCUUUUACUAAUCCCAAAGGCUCUGUCUCUUGACUCCUCUACAGAUCCAUAGCAGUAAAGUGUAAAGUUUCAAUACUUGGUGAACAACAACAACCCAUUAGUCAAGUGUUUUAAAUGGUAGAUAGACUCUGUUGUUUCUUUGACUUCAUAAUACCAUGCCACACCAGUGGCCCUUUUCCUUCACUUGUAAUUAUGCUAUAUAUACAUAAAAACAUAUACCGAAACAGAAAUAAUAACAUGUACUUCAGUAUCUAUACAAUAUACGGAAUGAACAGACAAACUUAGUUACAGUAGCAAACAGCAGGUUUAUAAUGGUUAAUAGCAAUGUUCAAUGUACUCCUAUAAUGGUUUUGUGUUACAGUAUCAGUUUAGAAUAACUAACGUACAUCAUCUUUGUAUAUUGAUAUCCAGUACCAGUUUUCCUGUGCCUGUGUACGUUCCAUUGGCAGGAGCGUUGCAGUUUCUUUAAUUUUUUUUGCGAAAAGAAACAGUAUUUAUGUGAUAAGAUGUAUAACGUGGUUGUGAACUUCUUGAAGUCAGCCAUUUUGUUUUGUGUUUUGAUUGUUGUAGUGAAUGUUUUUAUUCUUUGUACAUUUUUAACAGGGAUUUUAGACUGCUUACUUGAUGUGGUAUAAUUGAGUUGAGUUUGUGGAGACCAGGAAAAAAUGAAUCCCACCAAAAAUGUUAUUUUACCGUCUUCCAUGUCUCCCUUACCACCCCUCUCUUCGGAAGCUUUGGUUGUACUUAUCAUGUACUGUUUUAUAGAAAGAGAUGAUGAAAAUACGUUUUAUUUAUUUAUUUUGUGUAUUGGAACAUCCAUGAAUUUAUUUGCAGGUCAAGGUAGUUGCCGGAACCUGCUUGAAAGAAGUUGGGGGAAAAAAUACUUAACUGUAUUUGUAAUUUUAUAAUUGUUCCUUGUGUAUAGAACUUAUCAGCCUGAGAUGGGACGUGGCAUCAAGGGGACUUGGCGGUAAGACUUGGAAACGGUUAAACGGCUCUCUUCUUAUGCCUUGAAUAUACCUUUGUCUUAUUAACACUUCCUCCUGAACGCCAUGAGAAUAAUAAUGAUGAUAAUAAUAGUAUUUUCCCCUAUUAGUCGUACAUCAGUGUUCUCUCAUGUGUCACAGAAAUGAAGGAAAGUCAAACCACAUUAGUAAACCACAAACUACUUAAGGUUGAAUGUAUAAUUAGGAAACAAAAUUGUACAUAACUGUAAAAAGAAAAGUUUCUAAUCAUGUUUAUUUUCUAUGCACUUUUUUUUAUUUAAGUGAUAGUUUAAAUAAUAAACAUGUCCCGUUUACAUUUUA